AUGGCCUUCCCCUGCACUCGUUGCCCCCUCGCUGUCGACUACCUGUCGGAGCACCUCAAGGUGCACGACCUCCCCUAUAGAUGUAGUACGUGUGCACAAGCGCACUUCUAUACCCCGGCUAGACUCCGCGGCCACCACGCCUCCCUGCACCAAGGACGUACAAUUUCUCUGGCCGAGGAACGCACCGCCAGGGCCAUCAAUGCGGCUUUGGCAGUCGAGCGUAGAGGCGGAGGUUAUGUCGCCCCUCCCGGCACAUUCUCCCACUUCGCUGCUGGUGCUGGUGCUGCCCCGCCUCCUGCCGCCGCCGCACCCGGGCCUCUUCUCCUUCCUGGCACAGUGGCUCCCCUCGCGGGUCCAGUGGCCGUGGUCCCUCCUCCUCCUCCACCACCACCACCACCACCACCACCACCACCACCUGUUACUGCUCCCGGCCCUGUCGUGCGUGUGCCAAUGUGGACGUGGGGUCUCGAUGGGGAGAGAGAAGAGAUUCCGGGCUACUUCGUCGAUGCCUAG